CAGGCCCCAUCAUGAAAAUUAACCUACGUCUGCUUCUUCAUUAACCCACCAGCGAAAAUUUUGCAGAAAAUUCUCUUUUAUUACCGAGAAAUCACGAGAAGAAAACAGGCAGGUGAGCUUAAAUUGGUGAAACAAUGCCUCAGCGGGUGAAGGAAGAAGAGAGAAUCGAAAGGAUCAUUCGUGAUCUAUUGAAGCUUCCAGAGAAUAGAAGAUGUAUAAAUUGCAACAGUUUGGGCCCGCAAUAUGUUUGUACAACUUUCUGGACAUUUGUAUGCACAAAUUGUAGUGGUGUGCAUCGGGAAUUCACACAUCGAGUAAAAUCAGUGUCGAUGGCUAAGUUUAAUGCUGCAGAAGUUAGUGCUCUUCAAGAUUGGGGAAAUGAGGUUUCAUUCUUAAUAUCCAAAAUGAUCAUGUUGUUUUUGGUUACAUUUAAAUUCAUUUCUGAUAAAAAUUCUUAGAUUUCACUGGUUAGCUUAAUGUCAUUCAUCUCGGCAAAUUUAUUUUAAGGUGUGGGAUCCACUCCGUAAUUCUUUCCCCGAUGCCAGUAAUCUUCAUCGGAUUCGAGAUUUUAUCAAGCGUGUCUAUGUAGACCGGAAGUAUAGUGGGGAGAACAGUUCGCUUCCUAUGGUUAGAACGAAACUGAAGUGUGAUACUUAUGAGAAGCAUUCUUCCAAAAGAGCUGAGAAUGUUGGGGGAGAUGACUUCUACGAAUGUCAGUCAUUUGAGAAAAUAAGUCCAAGCGUGAGGAAUAAUGAGAAAACUUUAAGAUUUUUCAUGGAACAAAGAAGUCCUCGGUACACCCAAGGAAAUAAGAGAUCUGGGAGUCAUAGGGGUCGUUCUUCUACUUGCUUUGAGAUAGUUGAUGACAGGUAUCGAGAUGAUGGAGGUGUGAGACGUUUUGAUAGGUAGUCAGGUCAAGAAUCUAGGGAUGGAAAAAUGUCCCCCGAUUCUCAAAGGAUCCGGGAGAAAAAUUCUCCAGAAAUACGCCCACUCAAAGAUAUUUUACGCGAGAAAGUUCUGCACCUGAGAAUUGGCGAACCUACCAAAGCCAAUGAUGGAAGGGAUGCUGAUGGCUCUGCAAGAGACCGUAAGACAGCUGAUCCCACGAAGCUGCAUUUCGAAAACAAGGAACCAAAGGAAAACAAGACUGUAGAUUCUAGUAGCUUGAUUCGUUUUGAUGCCAACCUUGUGAGUCCUACUAAAGCAGAGGUACCGGCACAGCAAACAGCUUCAUCCUCUCCAUCACCUGCAGCAGAAAAGCUGUCCAAUGCUCCAAAUAUGAAUUCGUUGGAGUUCUUGUUAUUUGAAUUGUCAGCUCCUAUGGCGUUGCCUGUAGGCAGUACAACUCAAGAACCUACCACUACCAGUGCUGAUGCUCUUUUGGGUGCACCCAUGGGUUUGCUCGAAAGUUCUGAAGCUACAGAUGCCAGGCCGACGACUAGUGUGCCCAAAGUUUCCAAUGUUGUUGGACCUCCUCCUUCUUCAACUAUGGAGAGGGACCAAGCAUUUCCGAACAACAGGAGGAAUUCCACAGUGGAAGAAACAGACGUACAAAAUUUGCCUAAUGAGCAGCAAAAUCCACCUGCCUGUCCUAAGAUUAUUCACUCUAAUACUCUGCAAAGUACAUCCGUUGAAACUUUGCAUAAUCAGGUGAUUUUUAUACAGAACUUACAAAAUCAAUUUAUUUCGUCAAAAACCAUUUUCCUCCUUAAAAGUAUUCUCUGCAAAUUGAGAGGAUGUGAAGUUAUUGUAACAAAAAUAUUUAAACAAGAAAGAGAAUUUAAAUGUUUGAAAUUUGAACCUUGCACCAUGCUUAAGGGAUAUCAGGGUAAUAUAACAUCUGCAACAAAUGGUCGAGGACCGGUUCCAAAUGCUCCGUCCGAGGAAUCAUCUCAAGCUUCCUCAAACCAGCACAGGACACUGGAUUGGGAGAUGUGUCAAAAUCUAUUGGACGAGAGGAACUUCCUGCGGUAA